AUUCUAGGGCAACAGAUUAAUGACUUCACUCUUCCUGAUGUUAACCUGAUUGGAGAGCACUCUGAUGCUGCAGAGCUUGGGAGAAUGCUUCAGCUUAUUUUGGGAUGUGCUGUGAAUUGUGAACAGAAGCAAGAGUACAUCCAGACCAUAAUGAUGAUGGAAGAAUCGGUUCAACAUGUUGUCAUGACAGCCAUUCAGGAGUUGAUGAGUAAAGAGUCUCCAGUCUCUGUUGGAAAUGAUGCUUACGUUGACCUUGAUCGACAGCUGAAGAAAACUACAGAAGAAUUAAAUGAAGCACUAGCAACAAAAGAAGAAAUUGCCCAGCGAUGUCAUGAGUUAGAUAUGCAGGUUGCAGCCCUCCAGGAGGAGAAGAGCAGCUUGCUCGCUGAGAACCAGAUUUUGAUGGAACGGUUAAAUCAGUCUGAUUCUAUUGAAGAUCCGAACAGCCCUGCAGGUCGUAGGCAUUUGCAGCUGCAGACACAACUAGAGCAACUCCAAGAGGAAACAUUCAGAUUAGAAGCUGCCAAAGAUGACUAUCGAAUACGCUGUGAAGAACUAGAAAAGGAAAUUGCUGAAUUGAGACAACAGACAGAAGAGCUUACUACAUUGGCAGAGGAGGCUCAGUCUUUGAAGGAUGAGAUAGAUGUACUCAGGCAUUCUUCUGAUAAAGUAGCCAAAUUAGAAAGCCAGGUAGAGUCAUACAAAAAGAAAUUGGAAGACCUGGGUGACUUGCGACGACAAGUGAAACUCUUAGAAGAGAAGAAUACAAUGUACAUGCAAAAUACUGUGAGCCUGGAAGAAGAGCUAAGGAAGGCCAAUGCAGCACGCAGUCAGCUGGAAACAUACAAGAGACAGGCAGUUGAACUACAAAACAGGUUAUCUGAAGAAUCCAAGAAAGCUGAUAAAUUAGAUUAUGAAUGCAGACGACUGAAAGAAAAAGUAGACAGCCUCCAAAAAGAAAAAGAUAGAUUAAGAACAGAAAGGGAUUCUUUGAAAGAAACUAUUGAAGAGCUUAGAUGCAUACAAGCUCAGGAGGGUCAACUCACCACUACAGGAUUGAUGCCUCUGGGAAGACAAGAGCCUUCAGACAGUUUAGCAGCAGAAAUUGUUACUCCCGAAAUAAAGGAGAAACUCAUUCGCCUUCAGCAUGAGAACAAGAUGUUAAAGUUGAACCAAGAAGGUUCUGACAAUGAAAAGAUAGCCUUGUUGCAGAGCCUUCUUGAUGAUGCAAACUUACGGAAGAAUGAAUUGGAGACAGAAAACAGAUUAGUAAAUCAGAGACUUCUCGAAGUGCAGUCCCAGGUUGAAGAACUACAAAAAUCUUUGCAGGAUCAAGGUUCAAAAGCUGAAGAUUCAAUUCUUCUGAAAAAGAAACUUGAAGAACAUCUUGAGAAGCUCCAUGAAGCUAACAAUGAGCUACAAAAGAAACGAGCUAUUAUUGAGGAUUUGGAACCAAGAUGCAAUAACAGUUCACUCAAAAUUGAAGAAUUACAAGAAGCUUUACGGAAAAAGGAGGAGGAAAUGAAGCAAAUGGAAGAGCGAUACAAAAAGUAUUUGGAAAAGGCCAAAAGUGUCAUCCGUACCUUAGAUCCUAAGCAGAACCAGGGUGCAGCUCCUGAGAUUCAGGCUCUGAAAAAUCAGUUGCAGGAGCGGGACAGAAUGUUUCAUUCACUGGAGAAAGAAUAUGAAAAAACAAAAAGUCAACGAGAAAUGGAAGAGAAAUUUAUUGUUAGUGCCUGGUACAAUAUGGGAAUGACUCUGCAUAAAAAAGCAGCAGAAGAUAGACUGGCUAGUACAGGCUCAGGACAAUCCUUCCUGGCUAGACAAAGGCAAGCCACGAGCACAAGGAGAUCUUACCCUGGUCAUGUCCAGCCAGCAACAGCAAGGUAGAGAAGCCUUGCCCUUAGAAAGAAAACUGCCCUGUGAUCCAGGCCACUUCUGUUGCAAGUGUCAACAUUCAAGGAAAAUCAACCAGC